AUGGCUCAUAAGGCCACUGCGUCGAUGAAGUACGGCGGAUAUAAAUGUAAUUACCUUUCUAAUACUACAGAGAACACGAGGAAGUGUAAUAACAGCAGGUUGACUCAAAAUUCUUUUAAAUAAACAAAAAAUUACUUAAUUGCGUCUAUCAUUUUGUGGACCCCAAAAAAGUCGAAAAUUGUCAUAUCUCAGUCAAGACAAAAUGUUGUUCCAAAAUUGCUGCGGGACAUGAUUUCUCGUUUAAUUUGUCACAUUUCAUCUGUUGAACAUUAUUCGAUAUCAUUUAGUACAAGGAAGAUAAUCGCUAAAAACAGGGUGCGUCUAUCAUUUCGUGGAGCAGUGUAUCAUGGCGAUUCACUUUAAGUUGCAAACUCGUUUAAAUUGCGGUUGCGAGGAUUCAAGGAGGAGAUGCCAUCGAAGGAGGAGAUUGUGAAGACGUGGUUGGCUGCCAAUACCUCAGCGAAGACCGUCGAGAACCAUCGAGCUGACUUUGCGGCGUUGAAAAAGAAUCUGGAUCCAAAUGAUUGCAAGGUAAGCCGAUGAUAAGCAUAAUGAAACGUCCCUUCUCUCCCUUUAGGCGUUCUUAGCUCAACCCCAAGGAACUCGCAACCGCUAUCGCGACGUCGUUUGUCUGGAUGCGAGUCGAGUGAAGUUGAAGGGAGUUGAGAAUGAUUACAUCCACGCCAAUUAUGUGAGCACUCCACAGGAUGAGAAUAGAUUCAUCUGCACACAAGGACCCACCGACUCUUCUUGCACCGAUUUCUGGCAAAUGAUCUGGCAAGAGAAAGCGGGUGUGAUCAUCAUGUUGUGCAACUUCACUGAGAAAAGUGUAAAAAAAUGCGCCGAAUAUUUCCCGAUCGGCGCUGGAAAGAGUGUUAGCUUCGGAAAAUUCAAAAUCAACUGCACUAGUCGAGCGGAAAACGUAAGCAAACUUAAAUGAAGAAGACGUUGAAACUUCAGAUGAAAUACGAAUACUUUCCCAAUUUCUGCGCUGUUAAAAUCGCCGUAUCCAACUUGACGGUGUGCAAGGACAAGGAAAAGAUGGAAGUCCAGCACUUUCAUUGGAUGGACUGGCCUGAUCGAGGUGCACCUAAAGGCGAUCUAUCGGCCAUCUCGCUUCUUCUUCAGGUCAACAGAACCAAGUGAGUCGAUGGUUUAGUUCCCUUUCCUUUAUGGUAGAUCGGGUGUCGGCCAAACAUUUGUAUCCGAUGAAAAUUUUUUUGACAAGCCAGCUAAUGGGGAUCAGGGUACUCCGUGUACACGCGUGUUCACACCGGGGGAUAGUUCACCCAUCACCAAGCUCGCAACCUACGUACGUCAUAUUAUCAAAAUGGCCAGACUAGAUGAUUAGAGAGUCACUUUGUUUGGACUCAACAGUCACCUAUUUCGUGAGCUUUUACAGAAGCCCAAGCAAGCGCAAGUCCAAUGCAGGGAAAAGAUCAAAUGGUAACCUACGAGCUGCGCCCUAGGUAGAUCAUGGAGUCUUCCCGAAUUGUGGAGUACACCAUGGCCGUAAGUAGUUGUAGUUCAAUACCAUUUCUUGAUAACUUUUUAUGCAGAUUGAACUUCUAUCUAGCAAAGGGGGGUCUGUCGAAGUUGGGAUAAGUUCAGGGUGGCAUGUUUAAUCGUAUAAAAUGGGAAAAUGCAGUCUGUGCCGAUUUAAAGCAAGGAGUCAGUAUUCAAAGUAGAACGUACGAAACUAGGUAAAAGAAGGUUGAAUAAAGCCUGAGCGCCGUAUUUUAGCCAAUUCAGACCACUUUCGGCCAAGCUACAAGGGGUGGCCAAUCUGCGGAACUUUUACCAAAAAUGCUUUCAGGAAACCGAUUGUUGUCCAUUGCUCGGCUGGCAUUGGCCGCACCGGCUCUAUUGUGAUGUUGGAAUACAUUUACGAAUUAUUUGAGUCCGGGAAGGAUUGCGAGAAAUUGGACCAGAUCUUGGCCAAGAUCAGAGAACAACGCGCCUUGAGUAUCCAGGUAAAAUAUAUACAAACGAUGACAAGGGAUUGUCGUGUUUAAAAAUUUUAUCCUUUUUUGUAAUGAUUUAAAGAUAUCCAGUCAAGAUGCAAAUCUUCUGCUACUUCAUAUUUUUGUUAUUUCAGAACGAUCUGCAAUACCUGUACGUGAUCCGAGUGAUGUUGGAAUUCUUUGUCCGCACCACCCCUCUUACAGCGCAGCAAGUGGAAGAUGUGAAGAAGUUCCUGGCCGAUUAUCGACAAUUAACUGGUGAAUAA